CCCAGCAGAGGCCAGGGAAAUGCUCUUGGGCUUCUUCCACCAAAAGCACGCAGUCGGUCCCGAAUGCCGAAGUGCCCGUCGCUGCCGUUCGAGUGAUCGAGAGCGAAAUCCAAUAAAAACGACCCGCGGCCACGAACUCCCACGCUCGCUCGCGGGUGUUCAGCCCGGGCUGGGCUCUCCAGGCAUUCGUCCUUUUGUUGCAACCGACUUCGUCGUCCCUGCGAGGACGCGGAAAAUGUUCAAAAGAUCAGAGUUCGCAUCCGCCAGCCACAUUCCUCUCGAUCAGUAGUUUGUGGAUACCGUCUCCCUCCGAGACACGCAGCUGGACCUAGAGCAGCUGAACUCACGCCUCGCAUCUCAUCCCCGUGCCUCGUUGCAGGCUGCACUCUCUCGGCGAAAAUCUCGUGUGAAAAUUCAAAUUUUGUUUCCAGGUUUUUAUUCCAUUUUUGGUUCGUGUUGGAGUGAGAGGCUCGAGGUUACAGAGACUAGAGAUUGGCAUACAGGAUUUCAGCAACUGCUGCAGAUUUUGAGAGAGUUGCUCGUAGCUCGAAGGUGCCUCGGUCGGUUAGUGAUUCGGCGGAGAGGCGAGGGUGGAUUACAUUGAGGGGGCGGGAUUGGAUUAGAUUGGAAUUUUUGUGAAUCGGAGUUGGAUGAUCAGAUUUUUGUUGCGCAAGUGAGUAGAAAGUAGCAGGAGAUGGUGAAGUUUUCGAAGCAGCUGGAAGCGCAGCUGGUGCAGGAAUGGCGAAGCGCGUACUGCGAUUACCGGCUGCUGAAGAAGGACAUCAAGGCCGUGAAGCGGUCGAAGGUGGAGGCUCCGCAGGUGCCGGACAAAUGGCAGUCCGUGCCCUUGUCGCCGAUGACGCCCAAGUACUCGGGCCCUGUGAGCGGCCCCUUGCCUCACCCGGCUCGUCCACAGCCCCGCCAGGCGACCCGUCGCCUGUCCCGAAUGCACGAGUCCUUCAAAACCAUCGUGGCCGUCACCGGCCAAGCUGCCGAUGCCCUCAAGUCCCGACCCAGCAGCAAAUUCAAACCCAACAAGGAUCUCAUCACAGUUAAGAGGGAUGCACCAGAUGGGGGAAGCGAGGUGUACACGACGCUGUUCAAUGACAGUUUCGUGAACGAGGACGCGACGACGAGGAUCUUCUUCGCCCGAUUGGACUCAGAGUUCAACAAGGUGAACACGUUCUACAGGGCCAAGGAGAAAGAGUUUCUGCAGCAGUACCAGAAGCUCAAGGAGCAAUUGCAAGCUCUGGAGGAGAUCCGUAAGGAGCUUGCAAAUCCUCAGUCGCAGCUCAGCGACGACUCCAAUGGCCCCAAUGGCUCCAAUGCUCUCAGCGACCGACCUCAAACGAUCGCCGAAGCUGUGGAAGAGGCACAAAAGCGCCGGGCGAUCAUGUUCUCCAAAGUUCAGUCCCUUCCGACUCUGAAUGUUGCGAGGGAUGGGAAAAUCGGGGAAGUGAAGCUGGAUAGUGACAGUGAUAAUUACAUCAAAGUUUAUGGCCCCAUGAGCAGCAGGCCUGCUCACCCCGAGGCCGGCCCACCGCAACCGGCAGCGACGACUAUCGAAAUGAGCGAGCUCGAGUCGAACAGGAAUGCGGGAGCUUCGUCACGCUCGGAUGGCACCGACUCGUCGAAGCCUCAGUUGCGUCUGAACCUCCCCAAGAGCACGCCCAGCACCACAAUCAAGUCCUUGAUUCAGAGUCUCUUGGAAGAUUUGCAAAAGCAGGGUCUUAGCAGACAUGGUAGCUCUGACAGUAAGAGGGGCGGUGAGAGCCAAUUCGCCGUGAAUAAGAAGAACGUGGGCAUAGCAGAAAAGAUGCUCCAGAGCGCCUUCAUCGAGUUCUACAGGGGGCUUACUUUGCUCAAGGCUUACAGCUCACUGAACAUGGUUGCCUUCGCCAAGAUCGUGAAGAAGUUCGACAAGGCUUCUGGAUACCGGACCCUGUCUAUAUACGUUAAGGCCGUGGAACACGCUCACUUCAACACAUCUGAGAAGGUAAUUAGGUUGAUCGAGAAGACGGAAACAUUGUUCGCCAAGACUUUUGCCAAGAGCAACUAUUCCAAGGCCAGACUUCUCUUGAGACCGGCUGAGAAAUCAGCGUCGCAUAAAAUCACGUUUUUCCUCGGGUUAUUCACUGGAGGUUCACUAGCUUUACUGUCGGUAUAUUCCACCCUUCUGAACAGCGUGCUCCCGCGCUACAUCGCACCAAUCGACGAAUCACUUCCACCUUCUCCUGCACACGCUGGGGGACCUGAAAGCAUAUAUCUAAAGACAAUUUUCCCACUUUUUGCUGCGUCGGCGCUCAUUAUUAUUCACAUGAUAAUGUACGGGUUUAAUGUAUUUUAUUGGCGGAAGUGGAAAAUAAAUUACGCAUUUAUGUUCGACUUCAAGCAAGGAUCAGAGCUUCGGCAUCGUGAAAUUCUCAUGUUAGGGACUGUCCUCAUGACAAUUCUGUUGGCGGCCAUGGUUGGCCAAGUGGCUCUGCACAGCGUUACCGAUUCGCCUUAUGUAGACUUACUCCCCUUGGGUGUUUUCAUGAUUCUGGUUAUUUUGCUCUUUUUCCCUCUAAACUGCUUCUUCUCAUCGAGCCGAAAGUUCCUCAUCAUAUGCUUCAUCCAUUUGGCAUUGUCUCCUUUGUAUAAGGUGGUCCUGCAAGAUUUCUUCCUCGGGGAUCAACUUACAAGUCAGGUGCCUAUGUUGAGAAACUUGCAGUAUCUUAUCUGCUAUUACUCCACGAGUUACUUCAAAACAUCCAACGCUGACGGCUGCAUUCUAGAUGAAACAUUCAGGGGGUUUGUUUACUUCGUAUCUCUGCUUCCUUACUGGUGGCGUCUCCUCCAAUGUUUAAGGAGGUAUUUUGAGGAGCAUGACUUCCAUCAGUUUCAGAAUGCUGGCAAGUACUUGUCAGCCAUGGUCGCAGUGGGUAUCAGAAUCCAACAGUCCAGGAGUACUUCAUUUCUCUGGGUCGUGUUGCUCGUUUUGUCGUCAAUCUUCGCCACAGCCUUCCAGAUUUACUGGGAUAUCGUUGUCGAUUGGGGUCUUCUGAGAAGUAAAUCGAAGAACAAAUGGCUGCGAGACAACUUGAUCAUGCCGAGGUCAAAGUACAUAUACUACUUAGCGAUGAUUUCUAAUGUAAUCCUCAGACUGGCAUGGGUCCAGUCUAUUACGCGCUUCCGGUUUGGCCAGAUGGAUCUCUUUGUCGCAGAUUUCUUCUUUGCCUCUUUGGAGGUUAUUCGAAGAGGAAUCUGGAACUUCUUCCGGUUGGAGAACGAGCAUCUCAAUAAUGUCGGAAAGUACCGGGCCACCAAAACCGUACCGUUGCCAUUCGAGAACCCCAUCAGUGAGGACUACAACUAAUUUGUCAAUGUAUUCCUCUCUCGGUAAACCAGGCCAAGCCUGUCAACUUGCUCCCUGCCCAGUUCUGUCUUUUGGAAGCAUCUCCAUGAAGCUGGUCCUUCAACUGUUCCACACGCUCUUCAUCAAGCUACUGUGCAUUGGGAGACACAGACUGGUCAUUGAUGGAGAACUCUCCAAGCACCGGAUGCCGUGCUCUUAAAAGGGAGAGAUGGAAUGGGAUGCACAGCCUGAUCCUCCCAUGGGGAUCGCCUCCGAUUCGAUUGUAGAGGUUUCAUUGGAGUCAGAAGAGAGCUCCAUUCCACCUGGUGAAACGGAUCUGCAAGUGAGCUUCUGUGCACUUGUACAAUUCCAUAUUUCAGGACCAUUUUUUCAGCUGCUUGACGAGUAGUUCCAUAUCAACCACAAGAUGCUGUUGAUGAUGCAGACGAAGGCCGAGUCCGUGCUGGAAAUAGUCCGUCUGCUUCUAGGACGAAGUGACAGCAUGCGAAGAGCCAUUCUUUCCAGCCAUUUUUCCUCUCAGGGUUUGUCCUGUGGUGGCUGGGUACGACCAUGAGUUGGAGUACAGGGUAGACAGAAAAGGUAACAGUGCAAAUAAUUCUCUAACACACUCGAUCCAGUAGGAUCGGCUUGGCCCAUAUUCCACCGACACGACAGUACAACAACCAUACUCCACUCUACUUUAUCCAACCCUUCGAUGGAGUGAACGUCAGAAGCCAUCACUUUGAGUGCCCGUUUAGCAGCAGGCAUCUGAUUCAGGUUUUCUCUUACAUCCAUCCCACAUUAAAAUCGUAGACCAUUAAGCCCUGGAGAAUUGCUCCAGUCCAGUCCAGCAGGUAGCUAGCUCAGAAUCUUUCGGCAUGUGCUAUGUAUAUAAUCGAGCAGCCUUUGAUUGAGGUCAAGCCGAUUCCUUUAAUCAAAUCCGAAGAGUUUGAAAAUC